AUGGGAUGUACUUGUGAAAAGUUAUGGAGGCGAAAACAUUCUAAAAUUGGUCAUAAAUGUGACAGUUUUGAUUCUCCGCCAAAUUUAACAGAUGCUCAGAAAGCAGUCAUUCGGAAUAAUUGGCAGAUUUUGAAAUGCCAUGUGGCAAACAUUGGAGUUAUUACAUAUGUUGGUAUGUUUGAAAGCAGACCAGAGCUAUUGGAAGUAUUUUCAAAGUUCAAGGGGAGAGACCUCGACGAAUUACGACGUGCCGGUUUACUCCGUCAACACGCACUUCGAGUAAUGGCUACAAUUGAUAAAGUGAUUACCCGACUUGAUGAGCCUUCCAGUUUAAAACAGAUGCUCAGGGAGGUUGGAGAACACCACAAAGUAUAUAAAGUGCCUCCUGAUUAUUUGCAGGUCAUUUUGCCACAUUUCCUGAAUGCAAUCAAACCCCAUAUCGAGGAUGAUUGGUGUGAUGAUUUAGAAGACGCGUGGAAAACUAUGUUUGCUAUUAUCUUGAAUCAUAUGAAAGAAGGAUAUAAUGAGACAAACCACAAUCAAAGACAUUACAUCGUUGAACCGUAA